CUUUAUUCAGUGCGCCCCCCAUUCCGACGAUUCGAAGGCUAUUUAGUGUGCUCGUUCACCUUUUUUGUCGUUUUUCUUCUUUUUCCUGCCUAACUCUUCAUUAUUAAAAAUCGCUCUAUUCUCUCUACUCGUACUUUUUUUUUGGUUUUUUUACCGUCGUGUCAAUGCUAAUGCAGGAGAUUACACAGCCGUCUGUCAAAGGCCGCAAACAGAAAUACGCAGAUGACAACCAGUUCGGCGCCAUCGACCCAGCCACCCAAGACGAAACUCGUAGCGAGUCUCCCAAGGCUGAAUCCGAGGGAGAAGCGCCAGAUCCGUCAAACAUGUCAUUCUUCACGCAUCUUUACAAUAUCCCGAUAGUUAACGACGCUGUGAGCGGCGUUUAUCAGAUUGCCGACAGUAAUCAGCUCACCAGAUCGAUCAUCAGCUUUGCCGAAAAACCCGUCGAGAAGCCCCUGGCAAUCCUGGACCAUUUAGCCAUUCGCUCGCUGGAGGUCGUCGAAGCCAAGUUCCCAAUUGUCACAAAGUCCACGCCUGAGGUCAUUGAGAGUGUGCAGAAUACAGCCAAAAGUGCUGAGUCAAAGUUCCCAAUUGUUGCCCGCACGUUUGCCGUGGCCAACUCAACUCUCGACCGCGUCGAUUAUGUGAUUGAUUAUGUUUUGCCACCAAGCGGCACUGGUUCUUUUGCUGCCGCGGCUGCGGCUGCAACUGCUGGCGACGAGCAGCCGACCACAUCUGCAAACAAAAAGAACAUGGGAAAAUGUGAGGACCAGGGCGGUGCCAAGGCGGAGCAAGAACAAGAGGAGAGGCAGCCGCCAGACAGCCCCUCAACCGGCAAUGUCGACUCGACAAUAGCGAAGGUCACGAUCAUUGUGCGCAAGUUACCACGGCGCCUGGGAAGGCUUUUCUACAACCAAUUGGAGAGUAGCAAGGCAAUUAUCAGCGGCGUGAAUCAAACGGUUCACGACACCGCGCAUGUAUACGGAUCGGAGAUUUCUGAGCGGUCGUACAAAAUGUUGGAAUCAGUGCAAGAUCACAUCAAGGUUGUAGCUAACGAUACCAUUCCAUCUAUUCUUCCACAGGUUGCGCAGCCAUACUACGAGCAUAGCAAGGACAUGCUGACCACAAAGGUUGUCAAGCUGCAUGCGGAGUACUCGCGCACCGACCGAAGCCUCCCGACCAAAGUUUUGAAUCUCAUGAUUAUUGGUGGUGAGAACCUCCCAGUUAUUGGCACGGUUGUAUCGCAUCUUUCGAGGCGGGCAGAGAAAAAAUACCCGGAACCAUCAGUAUCUCCAAGAACAGUAGCGGUGAGGGUAGUGGUGGCGGCGGCGAGAGCAGCGGCGGCGAUGGUGACAAGGCCGAUGAUAGUGGCAAAGCCAAUGAUGACAAGUUCAAAGCUGAUGACAAUGUCCAAGCAGAUGGAGACAAAGACCAAGCAGAUGAUGAGGCAGUGA